CAACUACAUAACCGCGCAAAUGGUGAUCUCAAUCAACACAAUCUCCAAUUCUCCACAUCCUGUGAAUAAGUGUUGGAUUUUUCAAUCCCGCGACUCUCCGCCGCUCGCUUGUCGUUCUUCGAUGUGAAUCGCGAAUGAGAACCAUUGAAACCGGAACAGAAAGCGAAACCAAUGUUUCGGAAGAUAAACUUGUUUCCUUUCCCGAGUUUGCCUGCUUCCAUUCACCUCAUUUCACCCGCCUAGUCUCGAAAAGUGUUGAACUUUUGAAAAAAAAAUGAAAGAGAAUCUCUCGACUUGAGGCGACAAUGAAGCCCCGAUAAACACGAUGAACAAACGGUGGUGCUUGUGCAAAAGUUAUUACACUGUAUACUAUCCAGUGGCAGUGGCAGUUGCAGUGGCGGUGGGGUAGGGGUCGGGUCGGCGGCGGCGACAGUGGCAGUGGCACAAUACACAAGAUACACAACACGCGCAUGAGCCGCAUGAGCGUGUGGUGGAGUGAGUGGAGUCGAGUGAGUUGAGAAAAUGGCGUCCGCGAAGUUUCUGGAGGAAGUUCUUAACUCGGAGAUCGACGAAAAAGCAGUCAAUCUGCUCGUGGAUCGUCUGACGGUCGAAUCGACUCACCACAACUCAACCGAAUCGCCACAACAGAAUCACCACAACUCGAACUCGACUAUUUCGAACGGGGGUACUGUAGUGCAAUUGCAGUCUGGGGUUGCCAACGGCGGUGCUCAGACCUCCGUUAACUCCGUCCCGGGUGCUACUGUGCAACAGAAUCAGCAAAAUCAGCAGAAUCCGCAAAAUCAGCAGAACCAGUCCACAGCCACGUACCAAAGUCUGCCCGCCAAGAUCAUCUACUCGGCCGCGGGCCAGGUUCUCACCACCUCGGGGGUGGUCAACGCGAACAAUAAAAUCACUUUCCCGGGACAGACUGUUGGCCAACUCGUGAAUGGCACUCUCGGUGUGACAAAUGUCACAAAUGUGGUGACGAGCACCGGUCCCGUCAAGCAGGCGGGCGGCCAGGUUAACCUGAACAAACAGACAGGCACAGCUCUAGUGAUAAAGAGCAGUGCUGCUCCAGGAGGGAUGGUCUCGGUUCCUGUCUCGGUCGGUGCCAACACGGGUAAUAUGCAGAUUCUCAAUAUGAAUGCUAUCAGGCCAGGAACCCCAAUUGCCGGACAGCAGGUUGGUAAACAAGUCGCGCCAAGAAUUGUCAUUGGUCAACAAAUGGUCGGAGCCAGACCUGGUGCUCCCAUAACAUUGCAGGCAUUCCAUGGACUGCAGAUCCAGGGAAAUUUGAUAGUGAAAACCGAGAAUGGGCAGUAUCAGUGUAUAAGGGUGGCAGCGCCGGCCUCGAGUCAGCAGCAGCAGCAACCUGGGGGAAACGCGGUGACGGCGAACAGCAUCGCCGGGAACACAGUGGUCGGGACGCCGUCUGCAGGCACAACUUAUCGUUUGGCGUCUGUGCCGGUUGUAAGUAGGCUGAACACUCAGUUCACUGGGCCGCCACUCGCCACCCUAAGAAAACCUAUUCAGACUGCACAAUCUAGUGUGGCUACAGCAACUGCCACUGCAACUGCUACACAAUCCACUCCAUCCAGUGUUGCUAGUUCCACGCCGAAUGCUAAUGCUACUUCAGCGCAAACGGGACAAACUCCUGCGCAGCGUCAGACCACAGAUAAUACCAAAGAAAAGUGCCGUAAAUUUUUAGCAAACUUAUUAGAGCUGUCUAGUCGAGAACCUAGACAAGUGGAACGAAAUGUUCGGACGUUGAUCCAAGAGUUGAUUGACACGAAAGUGGAACCUGAGGAGUUUUGUGAUAGACUCGAGAGAUUGCUGAACGCAUCUCCGCAACCAUGCUUGAUCGGCUUCCUCAAGAAGAGUCUGCCCCUCUUGCGACAGUCCCUCGUCACCCAGGAACUCGUCAUCGAGGGAAUACGACCUCCACCUGCAAAUGUCGUCUUCUGCAUAGCCUCUGCCACUCCCGUCGCCACGCAAAAUCAGGUGAGAAAUACUGUCGCUGUUCUUCCGAUGUCCGUGGCAGCUGUCGCGUCUGCAGCAGGUCCCAUUUCCUCAGCAACACCUUCUGCCACGACACAAGUGAGAGUGAUGGCGCCUCACUCUGCCGUCACGACCACGGUUCCAAGAGCGUUACAGCAGGUUCAGCAGAGGCUGAUACGGCCGGUGACGACGGUGGCCCGUAGUCAAGCCUCGGCUGUCCGAACGACAUUGGCAGUUAAUGCUCUUCGAAAUGCAGCACCCAUUGUCCAGAGGACACCUACGUCGACUAUUCUUAAAACCAUUAAUACUUCUGCUCAGGGAAAGUCAGUUAAUACGAAUACUACUCUCAAUAAAAUUGUAGUGCCUUCUAUUCUACCAAAAGCGACUGUUAAGGAAAAGGAGAAAAAGACUUUUUCUUCAGCCGGAUAUACCGGCGACGACGAUAUAAAUGAUGUUGCGGCAAUGGGAGGCGUUAAUCUCGCGGAGGAAUCUCAAAGAAUCCUCGGCUCGACAGAAUUCGUUGGGACGCAAAUUAGGUCCUGUAAAGACGAAGCCUUUUUACUCCUCUCUCCCUUGCAGCAAAGAAUCAAGCAAAUAGUGUCCAAGUACGCGUUGGAAGAGCCGAAUCAAGAGGUUUCGACUCUUAUUUCGCACGCGGUCCAAGAAAGGUUAAAAAAUCUAGUGGAAAAACUUGCAAUCAUAGGCGAGCAUAGGAUAGACCUUAAUAAAAUGGAUCCCAGGUAUGAGGUGUCACAGGAUGUGAGAACGCAGCUGAAAUUUUUGGAAGAUUUAGACAGGGUAGAGCGCAGGAGGCAUGAGGAGCACGAAAGAGAAAUGUUGCUGCGCGCCGCGAAGAGUCGAGCGAAAACGGAGGAUCCCGAACAGGCCAAGCUCAAAGCGAAGGCGAAAGAGAUGCAACGCGCGGAGAUGGAGGAGUUGAGACAGCGUGAGGCGAAUUUAACAGCGUUGCAGGCGAUUGGACCGCGAAAAAAGCCGAAAUUGGACAGCGGCGGCGCGACAAGCAGUACUGGGGCAAGUUCCGGUUUGAGUGCGACGGCUUCCGGUUUGAAUAGACAAAUGCCACUGAGACCUCGGGUGAAAAGGGUCAAUAUGAGGGACAUGUUGUUCCUGUUGGAGCAGGAAAAGGAGACGUGUAGAAGUGCAACGCUUUAUAAAUCGUAUUUGAAGUGAUGUACUGUGAAGGGCAGGAACUACGCGAGUGACCCGCCCCUCGUGAACCGGCGCCCUGAGCUGGUCUCAGUUAUUAUUAUUAUUAUUAUAAUUAUUAUUAUCAUUAUUACUGACCGAGGCCAGAAAUUCCGCCGCCUCCUGCUGCCGCUCAUGUUGUGGUGGCACGCAAUAAAGUUGCUGGCUCUGUCUAGGUGUUGGCCUUGGCCCUGUCCUGGGCCUGGGCCUGGGCCUGGUAUUGCAAAAAACAAAAACUCUUGAAGACACUUGUUUGUGACUCAAACGUUACUUCAUAACUGCGUCGAUUCUAAGCUUCUUCCUCCUUCCCAACUACAAUUUGUAAAUGACUGAAGUUUUUUAAAACUGUAAAAUACAAAAAAUGUAAUAAAUCGUUCUUUAUUUUUUAAACUCGGAAAAUGGAAAACGGAAACACACAAACAGACACAUCUGUGAGUAAGUAAGUAAGUAAGUAAGUAAGUAAGUGAGUGAGUAAGUAAGUUUAGUAAGUGAGUAAGUGAGUGAGCGAGCGAUGUGUAUGAGCACAUCAUAGCUCUCUCAAGAAGAUGAAAAAAAAAAGUCGUGGGGUCAAUUGACAAGUUGUCCCAUCCAUUGUCUUAGUGCUGUAUUGCGCGCGAAUGUUUCUCGAAUGAAUACACAAAAGUGAACUGAAUUUAACUGAACUGAACGUAUGUUUGUUUGUUUGUACAGUCUGGUCUUUAUUCUGUACAUCGAUAUCUCCGUGUUGAAAGAAUCUCUCGCCGAGGGGGUGAUUCGUCGAAAAUAAUCACUGAUUUUUUACUCAUUCAUAGAUACUCUAUUGGUUUAGUAUGUUAUUUAGAAUUAUUUUUCAAACGUUUCAAUUCAUUUCAAUAUAGACACCCAAUUCCCGGAAUUUCUUGAAUUAUUCGAAUCAUCUGAGUUCCUUGAAUUCCUUGAAGUCUUUGAAAUUCUUCGAAUUUCUUUGAGCAGUUAGAAUUUCUCGAAGUCCUUGGAAUUGUCUAAAUUCUCUGAAUUCAUGGAAUUUUUUUGGAUUCAUUGAAAUUCUAUGAGCUUCGUGAAUGAUCUGAUUUCCUUGAAUUCUCUGAACAAUUUGAGUUUCUUCAAUUCUUCUAAAUUCCGUAAAUUCUCUUGAUUCCUUGAAUUCCUUGACGUUUUGGAAAUUUCUUUUAAGAAAUCUCGAUUCCUCAAAAAUUCACUUGACCCUAAAAAGCCAACAACUUACAUCAACAAUUUCUACAAAAUCCUUGGAAUUUCCUCAUUUAUCUGAAUUCAUGAAAUUCCCUUUGGAUUGCUUAGAAUUCAUUUAGAUUCCAUAGAAUGCCUUUGGAUUCCUUGAAAUUUUUUGAAUUCAUGGAAUUUCUUUGGAUUCCUUUAAAUUAAUAGAAUUGCUUUGAAUUCUUUGAAUUUAUGGCAUUUUCUUGGAUUCCUUCGAAUUUAUGAAAUUCCUUUGGAUUUCAUGAAAUUCUCUGAAUUCAUGGACAUUCCUUUGCAUUCCUUUGAAUUCUAUGAAUUUAUGGCAUUUCUUUGGAUUUUUUGAAAUUUUUUGAAUUCAUGGAAUUUCUUUAAAUUUCUUUGCAUUCUUUGGAAUUCCUUUAGAAUUUAUGGAAUUCUUUGAUUUCGUGGAACUCCUUGAAAUUCCUUUGGAUUCCUUACAAUUCCUUUGCAUUUUCUAAAACUCCUUUGGAUUCAAUGGAAUUUUUUGCAUUCUUGAAAUUUAUUUGAAUUUCUUUGGAUUCUUCGGAAUUUCUUUGAUUUCAUAGGAUUUCUUUGAAUUCAUGGAAAUUCUUUAGAUUCUCUGGAAUUCGUGGAAUUUCGUUAGCUUCCUUGGAAUUCAUGGAAUUCCUUUGGAUUACUUUGCAUCCUCAGAAUUCCUUUCAAUUCUUGAAAUUCAUAGAAUUUAUUUUGAUUCUUUGGAAUCUAUGGGAUUCUCUGAAUUAUUGGAAUUCCUCGAAAUUACUUUGAAUUCCAUAGAACUAUUUAAAUUCAUGGAAUUUCUUUGGAUUCCUAGGAUUUAUUGGAAUUUCCUUCGAUUCUUUGAAAUUAAUGAGAUUUCUUUGAAUUCGUAAAAUUCCUUGUAAUUCGUGGAAGUUUUUUAGAUUCUUUGGAAUGCAUGGAAUUCCUUUGGAGUCCUUUGAAUUUACAGAAUUCCUUUAAAUUCUUUAAAAUUCUGGAAUUUCUUUGGAUUCAUUGGAAUUCGUGGAAUUCAUUGUCAUUCCUUUGGAUUCCGUAGCAUGCCUUUGGAUUGGAUUUCUUAAGUCUUCUUUGGAUUUCUUAAAUCUUCUUUGCAUUUCUUUGAAUUUUUUAAUUCAUUGAUUUUCUUUGGAUUCCUUGGAAUUCAUGAAAUUCCUAUCAAUUCCUUGGCAUUCUCUCAAUACUGGAAAUUCUCUGAAUUCAUAGAAUUCCUUGGAAUUUCUUUGGAUCCAUUGUAAUUCAUGGAAUUCCUUGAAUCCAUGGAUUUUAUUGUUAUUUUCAAAACUCAUUGUAAUUCCCGGAAAUCGCAAGGAAUUUAAAGGAAAUGAGAUACAUUAAAGAAUAAAAGGAACUUGCAAAAUUUAGGGAAUUUGGGAAUUCAAAUGUUCCAAGGAAAUUAAAAGAAUUGGAAAGAGUUUAAAAAGCAUUUCAUGUAAUUAAAAAGAAUACAAAAAAUAAGUAAGUAAAAUAAUUAAAAAAUCCUCUUCUAAAUUCCUUAAAAUUUCCGAAUGCCUGGAAGUACGUGGAAUUCAUUAAAUCAAAUAAAAGAAUUGAAAAGAUAUCAGAAUUCCUCUUCUAAAUUCUUUGGUCUCUCUGAAUUCCUGAAAUAAAAUAAAAUAAUUGAAAAUAAUUAAGAAGCCUUCUUCAAAUUGAUUAAAUUGUUUUCAUCCCUUUAAGUUCUUAUAAUUUUUGUAAUUAAAUAAAAGGAUUAAAAAAGCCCUCUUCUAAAUUAUUUAAACUUUUCGAAUGCCUGGAAGUACAUGGAAUUCUUCAGAGUCCUUAGAAUUGAUUAAAUCAUAUAAAAGAAUUGAAAAAAAAUCAGAAUCUCUCUUCUAAAUUCUUUGGACUCUCUGAUUUACUGAAAUUAAACAAAAGAACGAAAAAUCCCUUUUCUAAAUUUCUUAAACUCUCCGAAUGCCUGGAAGUACGUCGAAUGCUUCAAAGUCCUUUGAAUUCAUGAAAUAAAAAAAAUAAAAAUUAAAAAAAUUUAAAUAAUUAAAAAUCUCUUCUAAAUUUCUUAAACUUUCUGAAUGCCUGGAAGUACGUGCAAUGCUUCAAAGUCCUUGAAAUUCAUUAAAUCAAAUAAAAAAAUCGAAAAAAAUCAGUAUCUCUUCUAAAUUCCUUGGACUCUCUGAUUUCCUGAAAUUGAAUAAAAGAAUUCAAGAGAAUGAAAAAUCCCCCUUCUAAAUUUCUUAAGCUUUCCGAAUGCCUGGAAGUACGUCGAAUGAUUCAAAGUCCUUUGAAUUCAUGAAAUAAAAAAAAAAAAGUAAAAAAUCAAAAGAAUUUAAAAUAAUUAAAAAUCUUCUAAAUUUCUCAAACUUUCUGAAAUGCCUGGGAGUACGUGCAAUGCUUCAAAGUCCUUGAAAUUCAUUAAAUAAAAUAAAAAAAUCGAAAAAAAUCAGUAUCUCUUCUAAAUUCCUUGGACUCUCUGAUUUCCUGAAAUUGAAUAAAAGAAUUCAAGAGAAUGAAAAAUCCCCCUUCUAAAUUUUUUAAGCUUUCCGAAUGCCUGGAAGUACGUCGAAUGAUUCAAAGUCCUUUGAAUUCAUGAAAUAAAACAAAAAUAAAAAUUCAAAAAAAUUUUAAAUAGUUAAAAAUCUCUUCUAAAUUUCUCAAACUUUCUGAAAUACCUGGAAGUACGUCGAAUGCUUCAAAGUCCUUUGAAUUCAUGAAAUAAAAAAAAAAAAGUAAAAAAUCAAAAGAAUUUAAAAUAAUUAAAAAUCUUCUAAAUUUCUAAAACUUUCUGAAAUGCCUGGAAGUACGUGCAAUGCUUCAAAGUCCUUGGAAUUCAUGGAAUUCACGCAAUUUUAUGGGAAAUUUCUUGGAAUGCAAAUAAUUAAAAUGAAAUUUGAAAAAUUCAAAGAAUUCAAGUGAAUUGAAAAGUAAUUCUUAAUAAUAUACUAAACCGGAAAGUAAUGAUUACUAAACCUGUAUGUUUUAGCAGUGCACUCGAAGAGAAUUUUUGUAAACCUGGAGGUAUGGAUAAGCCUGCUCUAUUGUAAUACUUGACUUAUACCUUUGGACACUGUAAAUCAUAUUUUUGCAAAUAUUUUUGCAUUAGGGGAGACCACCCUGCGAUAAAAAUCAUUAGUUUAAAAUACUGACGCAAGUAAAAUAAUUAAUUUAAUUUAAAUAAUAGUUAGAACACUAUGUGUUAGUAAAUUAAAAAUAUAAAUAAUUAUUUUACCUAUAUUUGUGCUUUUAAUUAAUGAUUUAUCAUUAUCUGCUGCAGAAUGGUCUCUCCUAGAUGUCACUAACAAGAAGCACACUGUCCAAACAAUAUAAAAACAAAAAAGAAAAUCAUUUUGUACAGUAAAUUACACAUAAAAUUACUAUAGCGAUAAAUUUGAAUGUUGAUACAACAGAAUAUACAUAGCUACUUGACGACUCUCCACCACAAAAUGGAAUUGUUAUCAGUAUAUUAUGUUGUGAUCUGCAUUUUCAGUGUUUAUAAAAAAAAUUAGCUGUUACGUUUUUUAUUAAAGAAAGAUUUACGAAACUAAGAAUCACGAAUAUUUUUUCGGUCAAAUAUUAAUUUAUUAUUUAAAAAAAAAGUUUUUAGCCGUAGGCUUGGAUAAAAGAAAGAAAGGUAGAAAGACAGACAGAAAGAAAGAAAGAUUGUGCUUCGUGAAAUUAAUAGUGAAUUGAGAAAUUAACUGGAGAAAAUAAGCGUGUACCUGAUUUGUAUGUAAAAGAUCCGCUUAAGAAGAUACGUGGGUGCCUAUUGUACAGAUUAGUCUUUUCAUUCUGUCCGUUAGUAUCAAUCAUGACUUGUUUAUUAUUUCGAAUUUUAAUCAUACAGACUACGAAUUAAUUAAAAGAAAAAAAAAUGUAAUCAAUCAUGUCUCUCACUGCAUGUGCUUUUUUUUUCUAUAAGAAAAAAAAGACGCGACUCUUUUCCUUUUCUCUCUUUUUUUUAUACGUUUGAUUUUCGACAAUGUAAAUUUAUACGGCAUGCGUGUGAAAAUUGAUGAUGAUAUUUCUAGGAAGGGAAAAAUUGCGGCAAUAGAGUCUCGUUUAAUAAGAGUGAACGAGGAGAGAUUGCUGGUAGACUGUAGAUUAGGGCGGAUCGAAAAUCCAAAAUGCUGGAGUUGAAAAUUGUCACUAUGCAAAAAAAAGUAGCGUAUUCCGAUGAUUAGAAAGUAUUGGUGAUUAAUUUGGAAUUGAUAAAGUGGGUAAUCACUCGGGUUCGAAAAAAUGUUGAAAAAAAUGCAUGGCAUACAAAAUGGGAAGAGCAAAGUUUUUGGAAAAAGGGGGGAAAAAGGAAUUGUUAUUGAAUUUUUGUUAAUGGAAUUUUAGUCACUUCUUAAGAAAUAUUCAGGGAAUAAAUUUAAAUAAAUUAAAUCAAAAUAAUUUUUAAAUUUUUGAAAGAGUUUGAAAGUUCUUUUGUAAAUUCCUUUAAUUCCCUGAAUGCAUUUAAGACUUUGGAAUUCCUUGGAGUACUUGGAAUGCUUUGAAGUCCAUGAAAUUCAUGACAUUGAUUAAAAGAAUUCAAAAGAAUUUAAAAUUAUUUAAAAUCCCUCUUCUAAAUUUCUUAAACUCUCUGAAUUCCUUGAAGCCCUUGAAAUUUUUGAAAUUAAAAGAAUUAAAAAGCCCUAUUCUACAUUCCUUGAACUUUCCGAAUGCCUGCAAGUACGUGGAAUGCUUCAACGUCCUUGAAAUGCAUUCAAUCAAUUAAAAACAUUAAAAAUCCCCUUUAUAAAUUCCUUAGACUUUCUGAAUGCCUGGAAGUACGUGGAAUUAAUCAAAUUAAAAAAAAGAACUUAAAAGAAUUAAAAGCCACCUUCUAAAUUCCUUAAACUUUCUGAAUGCCUGGAAGUGCGGGAAAUUCAUGAAACUAAAUAAAAGAAUGAAAAAUCUCUUUUCUGAAUUCCUUACACUUUCUGAAUGCCUGGAAGUACGUGGAAUUAAUAGCAUUAAAUAAAAGAAUUAAAAAAACUGAAAAAUCCACCUUCUAAAUUCCUUAAACUUUCCGAAUGCCUGGAAGUGCAGAAAAUUCAUGAAAUUAAAUAAAAGAAUUAAAAAUUUUCAGAAUUCCUUAGACUUUCUGAAUGCCUGGAAGUACGUGGAAUUGAUAAAAUUGAAUAAAAGAAUUUAAAAAAAUGAAAAAUCCACCUUCUAAAUUCCUUAAACUUUCUGAAUGCCUGGAAGUAGGUGGAAUUAAUCUAAUUAAAAAAAAAGAAUUAAAAGCCACCUUCUAAAUUCCUUAAACUUUCUGAAUGCCUGGAAGUGCGAGAAAUUCAUGAAACUAAAUAAAAGAAUGAAAAAUCUCUUUUCUGAAUUCCUUAGACUUUCUGAAUGCCUGGAAGUACGUGGAAUUAAUAGCAUUAAAUAAAAUAGCAUUAAAUAAAAGAAUUUAAAAAACUGAAAAAUCCACCUUCUAAAUUCCUUAAACUUUCCGAAUGCCUGGAAGUGCAGAAAAUUCAUGAAAUUAAAUAAAAGAAUUAAAAUUUUUCAGAAUUCCUUAGACUUUCUGAAUGCCUGGAAGUACGUGGAAUUGAUAAAAUUGAAUAAAAGAAUUUAAAAAAAUGAAAAAUCCACCUUCUAAAUUCCUUAAACUUUCUGAAUGCCUGGAAGUAGGUGGAAUUAAACAAAUUAAAUAAAAGAAUUUAAAAGAAUUAAAAGCCACCUUCUAAAUUCCUUAAACUUUCAGAAUGCCUGGAAGUGCAAGUAAUCCAUGAAAUUAAAUAAAAGAAUGGAAAAUCUUUUCUGAAUUCCUCAAACUGUCUGAAAUGCCUGGAAGUACGUCGAAUGCUUCAAAGUCCUUGGGAUUCAGUAAAUCAAAUUAAAGAAUCCAAAAUCCCUUCUCUAAUUUCCUUGGUCUCUCAGAAUUCCUGAAAUAAUAUAAAAAAAUUAAAAAGCCCUCUUCUAAAUUGAUUACACUCUUCAUUCGUUUAAGUUCUUGGAAUUGUAAAAAUUAAACAAAACAACUAAAAAGCCCUCUUUUAAAUUCAUUAAACUUUCCGAAUGCCUGGAAGUGCGGGAAAUUCAUGAAAUUAAAUAAAUGAAUCAAAAAUGUCUUUUCUGAAUUCCUUAGACUUUCUGAAUGCCUGGAAGUACGUGGAAUUAAUAACAUUAAAUAAAAGAAUUUAAAAAAA